AUGCCUCUUCCUCAAAUGUCGGGCUAUCAACAUCCUUCCAACGCAUCCUCUUUUCCCUCCCCGCAACAAUUUUCGCAACCUUCGACAGCACUUGGAUCUCCGUACCAACGGCAAGCAAGCUACGAUGCAUCCUACGCCUCUCCCAAUGUACAAUCCACCGCCGCAUAUCAUUCCCUCGGUUCUCCGAAUCAGCAUGCGACCCAAUCUAUGCAGACGCCGAUGAUGGGCCCGCCUAUACGUUGGGGUUUUGAUGCAUCCUCAUCUGCCCAGUCUUUCUCCGGCUCACAGCGGGGAAACCAACGAGCACCACGACAGUUUAACGCUUAUGGAAACCAACCGUCUUUUGGUGAGGCCCCGACCAAGCAUGGUGCCAAGCGUGAUCGUGCUUCGGCCUUUGGGGGCAAGCCGCAACCAGUGGCACCACGAGUCCCUGCACCGCCCGCGGUCCCAAGCUUCGGUAAUCCCCUGCCCGUGAAACCACCUCCGGCAGCCGAUAAUGCACCGAAACCGAAAAAGAAGAAGAGAAAACACAACCAAUUGGGCCUUACACCUAAAACGGAAGAACACGAAUCGAGUGAGGAAGAAGAUGACGUGGAUGAAGAGUCCAGGCUAGCACCGGCUGGUGCCGGUGCUGCAGCGCCGUUGCGAUUUACAUACAGGGGACGGACGACUACCCUUCAGUCACCCGAGGAUAUCGCAGCCUGGAUUGAGGAGCGAAAGAAACGGUAUCCGACCAGAGCAAGGAUUGAAGAAAAGAAGAAGGCUUUGGAAGAGGCGAGAAAAGCUCGCGAAGAAGCUCUACGCCAGAAACAGGCCGAGAGGCAGGAGCAAAGACGACUACAAAAGGAUGCAGCUAAACCUAGUGAUCGACCCAGCAAUCUCACGGAUCCCGACGAUAAGGUUGCGAAAGCCAAGCGCAAGGCGGAGAAACUUCAACUCAGGCUCAUGAAAGAGCAGAAACGCGUAGCCAAGGCCGAAGCGGAGGCUGAGCGGGCUCGGCUUAGGGUGGAAGAACUUCAGAAGGGCACGAUGGACGUGGGCAAAGAGUCUACCAUCCAAGAGGUCAAGUCUGAAAAUGUCAUCGAAACGAAGACGGACGCAGCACUUUGUCAGCAACUGCAGCAAUCUGCUGCUCGAACUGAGCAGCCAGAUACCUCAAUUGAUCCUGAUCAAGGUUUAGCGUUGGCAGAUGGUGUUGCUGUACCUAUUGCUGUUGAGACGAAACCAGAACCUGGCGAUCUGGUAGACUUUCAGGAGAAGAAUUCUGCCAUGUCACCUUCUGAUACGUCGGAUAGCAGUGACUGGACGUCAUCCAGCGGUUCCGAUGAUUCGGAUUCGGAUUCGGACGAAAGUGACAAUGAUUCUGCUCCUGAGGAGAUUUCUUCUCGGCGAGAAGGUCCCGAGCGAGUACCACCACCGCCCCGAGCGAACAAAAAGAACCCGUGUCACCAGUUCGCUCGGUAUGGGCGAUGUUCGCGAGGAGACAAUUGUCAGUACUCGCAUGAGACGUCGGGGCGUGGUCCUAAACAAAAACCCAUCGAGAAGAAGGGACGGAAGGGGCUUUUCCAGGCCCUUGUCGAGCGCCAAAAGGAUGAGGAGGAUCGACGAACCAUGGAUGUGAUUAUGUGGCUGGGGGAGAAUGGUUUCCUCAAUGCUCCCGAAGCCACGGAGGCAAUUCAAAAUCCCACUCCCGUUGAGACCGGCACUGAGAACUAA